UCGGAGGCCGGCUGUAAUAACUUUACAGGGAGCAAGUUGAGAGGUCGCGUUAGCAACGAGGCGACACUGUUAGGAUGUUUAUUUCACCUUCGCUUUAACUCAAAGUUUUCAAGAAAUCCAUUACCAAAACCGGGUUCAUCUAUUUUUUUUACUGCCCCGAAUAAGGCUCGCUUGUAUUCUAAGAGACACCUCGCCCGUUAGCUUCCGUUAGCCAGGUUGCUAUGUUGCAGGGAAGCGGUUGGACGGACUCUUCAGAGUUACAACUCUUUUUUUGAAAAGCACUUCAAAAGAUGGCUGUGUCCGUGCGGGGUUUGUACUUUGUCCUGACCUUGUUCUUGGCCAGUUUCUUCGGGAGCAUCUUCAUGCUGGGUCCGGUCUUACCCCUCAUGCUGCUGUCCCCCGCCUGGUACCGCUGGAUUACCGACCGCAUCGUCGCGACCUGGCUCACCCUGCCCGUGUCCCUCCUGGAGCUGGUGUUUGGCGUGAAAGUGGUGAUCACGGGCGACGCCUUCGUCCCCGGGGAGCGUAGCGUCAUUAUCAUGAACCACCGUACGCGUCUGGACUGGAUGUUCCUCUGGUGCUGCCUGCUGCGCUACAGCUACCUGCGCCUGGAGAAGAUCUGCCUCAAGGCGGCGCUCAAGGCCGUGCCCGGCUUCGGUUGGGCCAUGCAGGUGGCAUGCUUUGUCUUCAUCCAUCGCCGCUGGGAGAAGGACAAGGAGCACAUGGGGAACAUGCUUGACUACUUUUGCGACAUCAGAGAACCUCUGCAGCUGCUGCUCUUUCCCGAGGGUACCGACCUCACAGAGAACACGAGAGUGCGCAGCGACGAGUUUGCCACCCAGAACGACCUGCCCAAAUACCAACACGUGCUGCAUCCGCGCACCACCGGCUUCACUUUCAUCGUGGAGCGACUGCGGAAAGGAGCGAACCUGGAUGCAGUGCACGACAUCACGGUGGCUUACCCCAAAAACAUCCCCCAGACCGAGCGCCACCUCAUGCUAGGCCACUUCCCCCGCGAGAUCCACUUCCACGUGCGGCGCUACCCCGUCGCCACGCUCCCCGCCCCGGCCGACGAGCUGGAGUCGUGGUGCCGCCAGCGCUGGGCUGAAAAGGAAUCCCGCCUGCAGGAUUUCUAUUCGGGCCAGCCGCGGGCCUUCGACCGGGAGGGCGUGGCGCGGGUGCCGCCGUGCAAGUCGGAGCUGCGCGUGGCUUUGAUCAAAGCGGCUUCGCUGCUCUACUGGACCAGCUUCAUCGCGCUGUGCUUUGCCGCCUUGUGGCUGUGGGCUCCCGUCAGGUUGUACUUCCUGGUAGUGGUGGGCGUGUACGUGGCCCAGCAGAAGUUGGCGGGUGGGCUGGAGCUGCUGGAGUUGGCCUGCCAUCGCUAUUGGACCUCCGUGGCGGCUAACGGGGAUGACAAGAUGCUGGAUGGAAAAACGCGGUGAGGACAAUGACGAGCUGGCACACUGACGAUGCCUUUGGUGGCUGGGGUCCGCCUACAGGCAGCUCACUUGACCUCAGCAGGAGGCUUGAGAGGAACGUGUUGUGAUCAGCACUCAUUUGGUCUCCUAUUAUUAUUACCUCCGCCAACUACGGAUUGCAGUAGACAAAAUUUCUCGCAGAAUGACGCAUAGAGUGACUCAUACGACACGACAACCUGUCUUUUAAGAUCUCCACAUCUUCCCCGUACGUACGAUAUUUGUUUCAGCGUUUACACGAUGCACGAUGGAGCAAAGCCAUACAACUUGCACAUCCUCUGCUCGGACUCAUCGAAAUGUACUUUCAAAUACCUCCUCCUUGGGUAGCAUUUCGCUUUUAUAUAAAACAGGAAUGUAUUUUUUCCCAGGGGGGUGGGGCUACUUGUUUGUACAAGUACAAAAGCCAAAGGUGUGGGAGAAAGUAAAUACUCACUGAUGAGGGUUGGCUGGAGUAGUUCCUUGAGAUUAGAAGCUGAUUUUUUUUUUUUUGCUUAAGGCUCAAAGAAAAUGUCCUUAUUGGGAAUGUUUUUUUUGGGGGGGGCAGUCUUGGGAUGUUGGGACAACAUGACCCUCCCGCCACAGUGGUGGCACAGGAGGACCACCAGACUUGGAGUGGAAAACUUAAUUUGUCUUAAUGUUGAACCCCGUGACGAAUCAGGGCACAGCGUCAAUUUGAGUUAAGGCCACGAUGUGAGGAAAAAUGCUGAUUGUCUGUUGAGAAGGUGAAAUUUAGAGUCUCUGCUUUCCACACUCACUGUGAUCGAAUUGUUAUGAAAAUCAGAUUAAAUGUACAAUCUGUUUUUAUUUUUAGUAUUAUUAUUUGUUAUUUCCUAAAUGCUGAUGCUGGACCUCUUACAUGGACUACCCUCAGGUAAUUGUGGUGAGUUGAUGGGGAGGAAAAAAAAAAAUAUGACUAUAGCAGAUUAAAUGAACUCCAUUCAAAAA